AUGGCGUCCUCGCGCCGCGCCCUGCCCGUGGCGACCCUGGCCCUCCGGGUCCUCGCGCUGCUCCUCCUCGCCGCCUCCAUCAUCAUCAUCGCCACCGCCAAAAUCCGGGAGAGCAUCUUCGACGAGGAAGCCGUCAUCACAUUCAAGGAUUUAUACGCCUACCAGUAUGUGCUGGCCGUGGGUGUCGUCGGUUGCGCCUACAACCUGGUGGCGGCUUUGUUCGUGGCGAUCAACAUCGCCGGGAGGAGGAAGAUGAUCGGCGGCGGCGAGGCCGGCACCGUUCUCCUCAUCUGCGCCGACGCCGUGUUCGCCGUGCUGAUCGCCACGGGAGGAGCGGUGGGCUUGGGUCUCACGGUGGAGGCCCAGCGACGGUUCGGCGAUAUCUUGGAUUCGAGCUCCAGGGCAUUCUUCAUCAGGGUUGACAUCUCCUGCGGCGCGCUGUUGCUGGCAUCCCUCUGCGUCGUGUUCAUCGUCAUGAUCUCCUCUUACUCCCUCACCAAGUAG